AUGGAACAGUCGCUGCUGGCGGCGCUCCCCGUGAGCGGCUGGGGCGCGGUGGCCACCGUCGCCGUGGCCGUCGCCGUCCUGGCCGCGCUCGCCGCCAAGGCCGGUGUCGCGCUGUGGCACAAGGACCGCAACAACGCGCCCCCAGUUGUUCCUGGUUUUCCUCUUAUUGGAAAUCUACAUCAAUUGAGAGAGAAAAGGCCACAUAAAACCUUCUUAAAAUGGUCUGGCAUUUAUGGGCCAAUAUAUACCAUACGGACCGGGGCUUCUUCCGUAGUUGUGCUCAACUCAACAGAAGUAGCGAAGGAGGCAAUGGUUGCAAAGUUCUCAUCCAUAUCUACUCGAAAACUAUCUAAAGCAUUUUCAGCUAUCACUCGUGAUAAAACUAUGGUUGCUACAAGUGACUACGGUGACUUUCACAAAAUGGUGAAGCGUUAUGUUAUCGCGGGCGCAUUGGGUUCUUCUGCUCAGAGAAAAUUCCGGAACACAAGAGACAUGAUGAUUGAUAACAUGUUAAGCACUUACCGUAAGUUUGUGAUUGAUGACCCACAUGCUCCUUUGAACUUCAGAGAAGUUUUCAAGAACGAGUUAUUCCGCUUGUCAUUGAUCCAGAGCUUAGGUGAGGAUGUGAGUUCAGUCUAUGUUGAGGAGUUUAGGAGGGAGAUAUCCAAGGAUGAAAUCUACCAGAUCACUGUGGUUGACAUUAUGAUGUGCUCAAUUGAUGUUGACUGGAGGGACUUCUUCCCGUACCUCGGCUGGAUCCCGAACCGGAGCUUCGAAACAAGAGUUCAUAACACGGAAUACAGGCGAACCGCGGUUAUGCGGGCCUUGGUCCAUCAACAGAAGAUAAGAAUUGCGCGUGGCGAGACAAGGGUAUCGUAUCUGGACUUCCUGGUGGCAGAGAACACAUCACUGACAGAGGAGCAAUUGACAAUGCUGGUGUGGGAGGAACUCAUAGAGGCUGCAGAUACAACUUUGGUAGCCACCGAGUGGGCUAUGUAUGAGCUUGCCAAGAACCCCGAGAAACAGGACCGCCUCUUCAGGGAGAUCCAGGAGGUGUGCGGUGACAAGACGGUCACCGAGGAUCACCUGCCUCAGCUGGCGUACCUGAACGGUGUGUUCCACGAGACGCUGCGGCUUCAUUCUCCUGCUCCACUGGUACCUCCGAGGUUCGUCCACGAGAGCACCAAGCUGGCCGGCUACAACAUCCCAGCCGGCACACAGAUCAUCAUCAACUUGUACGGAUGUAACAUGAACAAGAACGAUUGGGAGGAGCCUGAGGAGUGGAGACCGGAGAGGUUCUUGGAUGGGAGGUUCGAGGCCGCAGACAUGUACAAGACCAUGGCGUUCGGCGCUGGGAGGAGGGCCUGCCCAGGUGUGGUGCAGGUGGCGAACAUUUCGUGCACCGCCAUUGCGCGGUUCGUGCAGGAGUUCGCAUGGAGGCUCAAGGAGGGCGACGAGGACAACGUGGACACGGUACAACUCAUGAGCUACAAGCUCCACCCGCUGUAUGUGUAUCUCAUACCAAGAAGGGUGUGA